AAUGUAAUCAACUUAAACCUUUGAGGGCCGAAAUGCAACACGAACAUACACAGGUAAUAAAGCUCUAAGGAAAUUAAAAGAAAAUAGAAAUAAUACUGCAAAAUUCGCUUAAAAAGGCUCUCCACCUAAAGAUUUACUUUUUUCGUCCUAAAAUAAAUUUAGAGUUGGCCCUCCUCCAUAACCAUUACGUAAGAACUUCAUUAUCCUUAGUUAGGGCACAAUAAUUUUCUGCAUUCGGACCCAGCAGAUCAACUAAAUCUAUUUUAGCAAGAAAUAACUUCUUAAAUGGAUAACCAUCAAUAACUAAUAUCAAACCAUUUUUAGACUUUAAUUAAUUUAUGAAAGGAUUAUCCUCUAAUAAUGUUAAACCUAGAUCACCUGAAACUUAAUAAGUGAAAAUUAAUAAAUCCAAAUUUUGCAGAUGUAAGGAAGUCAAAGAUUUAAUUCGAAAGGUAUUCAUUUUGAAAAUAUUAUAGGAUGAAAAUGAUACUAUUAGUAUUAAUAAUGAUAUGAGUCCUAAAUAAUAGUUACUUUUUAAUACUUCUCUUAGUAAACCAUCAUCUCCUACAAUAAAAGGGUACCUUAAUUCUAAAAAAGACAUUUAUAAAUAAUGUAUGAUUUUAUUAUUGUGAUUUAGUGAAAAAUGAUAUUGAUGUAAAAAAAGAAAUUUAUUCAUAUGCUCUUAAAAAGAUGUUAAAAGAAGGUGAUGAAGAAGAACUUAUGGAUUUUGAUCAUCGAUAUUUAAGAAGUGUGAGAUAAAGGAAAUUAAGAAAUAUUGUUCGUUUUCUAUUAGGAAGAUCCAAAGAAUAGUAAGUCUCACUUCAAGAUUUGAUAGAUAACAAAAUGACACAAUAUAAACCAUUUUAAUAAUAGGGAUCAUAUUCUUUUUUAUAUUAUGUAAAGAAAGGAUUACUCGAUAAAGUAGAAGUAUUACUUUAAUAAAACAAUCUAUAUGCAUUUGACUUUGAUGAAAAGUAGAUGACUGGUCUACACAUAGCUACAUAAAAGAAUAAUUUAAACAUGAUAAAAUUGUUAAUUACUUAUAAUUCAAAUCCACUCUCUAAAGAUUUAUCAGGAUUUACACCAUUACAUUAUGCAAUCAAACAUAACAAUAUAGUAAGUAUAUAAGUAUGUAUUAAAUUUCUAUAUAUGAGCUUUUUUUAUCAAUUAAAGUUCCAACAGAUUGCCAAUAUCCAGAUUAUUGUAAAUUAACAGAUGAUCAAUAAAUAUUAAAAUUAAUUCGAACUGCUAAAAUCAACGAUCUCAUUAGAAGAACAUAAAAACAUAAACAAAUAUAAAAAUACCUUUAAUCAAUAAUGUGA